AUGGAAAAACCAAAAAGUUUUCCAAUGUCAAUGAAACGACUUCAAUGCCUUGAAAAGAAGUCAAAUCCCGAACAUAUCGAACAAAUCGAUGCAUUGGUGGAAAAAGGUUAUGCUCGAAAAUUGUCCGAGGAUGAAGUACAGAAAUUAGAUGGCGCGAAAAAACAAACAACAAACGGACAAUGGGAGUUAAUUUUAGAACAUAUGAACAAUAAUCCAAAUCUUGCUAGGGGUGUUCCUGUGUUUGGAAGCAACCGAAAAGAAAUAGACGAUUCUUGGGAACAGCUCACCCAAAAAGUGAAUGCGAUCGGUCCACCACAAAGGGAAAGUAAAGAAUGGAAAAAAGUAUGGUGUGAUCUAAGGACUCGUUUAAAGAAAAAAUUAAGUGAAAAUAAAGUAAGGGCGUCUAGAACAGGAGGAGGGAUAAAUACACAAAUACCACUUACAAGUGUGGAACAAGCUGCUGACUCUAUUUUAAAUGUGUCCACUGCUGUAAAUCCACCAGGAGUUGUAUAUGGUUUGGAGUACCAGGAGAAUUCCGUCACGGAAAUUUCUUUAGAAGUAGAAACGGAGGAUCAACCACAAACAACUCAAAAUAAAAAUAAAGAGGCACAAAAGAGAAAAUGUUCUGGAGAUUUAGGACCAAAGAAGCACUCAAAAGGCUUCGAACAAGAGAGUCUCGAUUUAUUAAAAGAGCAGAAUAAAAUACAAAACGAAUCUGUUCAAGCAAUAAAAGAGUUAGCAGACAUUUUUAAAAAAAUAGCAGAAUCCUUAGACGUUUUAGCAAGUUGGGUAAGAUUAUAA